AUGCAUUGGGCAGCAGUUGUGGCAAUAUUCUUUAUCGUUGUCACAAAGUUUUUACAGUACACGAACAAAUAUCACGAGAAAUGGAUCUCUAAGUUUGCACCAGGCAAUGCAUUAUCAAGAGAAUAUUCAGCCAAGAUGAAAGAACGUCAUGAAUUGAAAGAACAAAACAACUCCAUUUCUGCCCAGGAUAAUUAUGCAAAGUGGACGAAGAACAAUAGAAAAUUGGACUCUUUAGACAAGGAGAUAAAUAACUUGAAGAAUAAAAUACAAUCAGAAAAUAAAGCUUUUCAAGCUCAUCUUCACAAGCUGAAAUUAUUGACAUUAACGGUGCCUUUUUUUGUGUUCAAGAUUGUGUACGGUAAAACGCCUAUUUACAAGUUAAACUCUUCCACGAGCACUUUGUUCCCUACCUUUGUCACAGGCAUUUGGUCUCAAGGCUGGCUCUAUGUUAUAUUGCACCCGCUAAGAACAAUCUCUCAAAAAUGGCACAUAAUGGAAGGCAAAUUUGGCUUUUCUAAACUCGAUGCUAUGGCUUUACAGAGCGUCUCUCUAGGGAUCUGGAUUUGGGCUUUGAUGAACGUCAUAAAUGGUACAGAAUUUAUUGUUAACCAAUUAUUUCUGACUCCCAAAAUGGAAGCACCUGCAUUUGCUAAUACUCAAGAGGAAAAAAACUUAGAUUGUACCGACAAUAACGUUAUCCUAGAUUAG